CAGAAGAGAAAAUUCUAUGAAAAGCAUUCAGCCUUUGCACAAUUCUUUCCCUUACAUCCCAUCCUGUCAAUACCCCACAACCGACGGUAGAAGCUAUGGGUGACGCACCACCAACGUAUCUUCCUUACGGAAACAACACGCUCGAAGUUUGUUUUUCGGGCGAGGUAAACUCAGCGGGUAUAUGGGAAAACCUGUCGUAUCCCUCCGUGUUCCUCUCCUAUCCAUUGCCGCGUCUCGAGUUACAAAUCUUAUUGACAUUUUUGUGUAGUCAUUUCAUUUAUCUUAUCGUCAAGCCACUUGGAAUUACAUUCUUUGCCACUCAAAUGCUUGCCGGUUUGUUGUUGGGGCAUACAGUAUUGGGAAAACUAGACACAGUCAACGAAUUGUUGUUUUCUCAGCGAUCAGGCAUUGAAAUCAUUGAUACCACGGGGCUUUUCGGUUUCGUCAUGUUUAUGUUCUUAAUGGGAGUGAAAAUGGAUUUGACGGUAGCGUUUAGGUCGACAAAGAGAGCCGCGGUGAUAGGUUUUAUAUCCAUUUUAGCACCUAUAACCGUCGGUUUAAUCAUUUUCGAGGCCUUCAAAAAGCCUGAACAAAGCAAGGAGGUAAACUUGGAACGUUUACUCGGAACAACCAUUGAAUCGUUGACAUCUUUUUCUGUCAUCGCUUGCCUCCUCAGCGAACUCAAUAUCCUAAACUCCGAGCUCGGACGAUUGGCUCUAUCAGCGUCGGCCAUCGCAGACGUGGGCACCUUGAUCCUCGUCUUUAUCUUUUCGUCCAUGGCAAAAUGGGCCAUUGCACCAUCAGUAGCCGCAGUUAACACGGCAGGAUCCAUUGCUUUUGUGGUUAUCCUCUUCUUCGUGUGCCGUCCGGUGAUGUUUUGGGUAAUAAAGACGACACCCGACGGAAAACCGAUUAAGGAAGUGUACAUUAUGUUCAUAGUAAUGAUGGCUAUAGGGUCUAGUAUAUUCACUCAUUUCUUCAGCGAUUCACCAUUAAUCGGUGCUUUCGUCUUUGGCUUAUCCGUUCCCGACGGUCCGCCAUUAGGUUCUGCCUUGGUAGACAAGCUUGAAUGCUUUGUCAAUGGUGUUUUUCUCGCAGUCUUCACAACCACAUCAACAAUGCGAGUCGAUGUGAAAUCGAUGAUGGAGAAUCGAUCUACAUUCCUAUUUAGUAUCAUUUUUGUUUGUGUAACGUUCCUUGCAAAAGUUAUAUCAUGUUUUAUAGCCACAUUUUGGAGCUUAAUGCCCUUAAAGGACUCAUUGGCAUUUGCUUUAAUCAUGAGCAGCAAAGGGAUUGUGGAAUUAUCAUAUUUUUGCAGUUUCAUAGAUAAUAAGAUUAUGUCCACAGCAACUUUUAGUGUCUUGGUACUCGGUAUCCUUGUAAAUUCAACUAUAGUCCCAGUCUUGGUGAAGUUGCUUUACGACCCGGAUUCGAGAAGAUAUGCAGGGUAUGAAAAACGAACCUUAAUGCACUUAAAACCCGAUUCCGAGAUUCGGGUUCUUGCAUGCACUCAUAGAUCCGAAAACGUCUCCACCAUCAUCGAGUUGCUUGACCUUACAUGUCCUACGAAGGAGAGUCCUCAAGUUGUUUUUGCCCUUCAUAUUGUUGAACUAAAAGGACGUGAUUCUCCUGUGUUUAUAGCUCACCAAAAGAAUGAAAACAGUGCCCUAAGUUCUUUAGAAAACAUCUUUGCUUACAAUCAAUACGAACAGAACAAUUGGGAUUCCGUUACAGUUUAUGCUUUCACGGCAAUCUCGCCGCCUAAGCUCAUGCACGAAGAUAUCUGUACUAUGGCACUCAACAAGCAAACGUCUUUUAUAAUCCUUCCCUUCCAUAGGAAAUUCUCCACUGACGGAUCAGUCGAAGACGAAAACAGUAUGAUGCGGAACGUGAAUUGUAGUGUCCUGGACCGAGCACCGUGCUCGGUAGGGAUCCUCAUUGACCGCGGGGUAGACGAUAGGGGAAAGAAGACAUUGAAGACAUCAUCAAGGAUGCCAACCUGCUCAAUCGGGAUGCUUUUCAUAGGCGGGAAAGACGAUCGGGAGGCUUUAACGUUAGCCAAAAGGAUGGCACGUGACCCUCAAGUGAAUCUGACCGUAAUCCGUCUCAUUGCUGAUCAUCAUUAUUCCGGAAAUAUCAUGGACUGGGACGGCAUACUCGAUUCCGAGGUUUUGAAAGAUGUUAAGCAAAAAAAUGAAGUUGGUAACAGUUGCAACAUAAUGUAUGCGGAGGAAGUUUCCAACGACGGGCCACAAGCCGCGGGGGUCAUUAGAUCGAUCGUGAACAACUACGAUUUGAUCAUCGUCGGUAGGCGAUACAAGGUGGAAUCGGUACAAACGAUGGGUUUAGCGGAAUGGUGUGAAUUCCCUGAAUUAGGGGUGGUCGGAGAUCUACUUGUAUCAACGGAUUUAGAUAGCAGUGUAUCUGUAUUAGUUGUGCAACAACAAUAUUAUGUAGAGCUAGGUAGAGCUAGGUAG